AUCAUGGCGAGCGCAGCUGGCUAGUUCGUGUUUACGUUUGCCAUGUGCCCGCUUGUUUGCAACGCGGCGCAUGUUUCGGAUGUCAAAAAGUAUGCCACACUUCUGGGCACGUUUCUUUCCCAGUAUUCCUGGCUGAGCGAUGCCUACGUAUUGGAUUACUUCGUUGAGCAGCAAUGGCAUAAACUGCCGUCUUCGUGGCAGGAGGCGUUGUCAGCCAUCGAUUUAAGCGAUCUUUCCAACUGGUUAGAGACGGGACAUCUUGCACAGAGACGUUCGGUGUGGCCGCUGUCGUUGAUGUGCCUUGCUCCAGUAGCGAGGCAGCUGGCGUUGAAUCGAUGUCCUGUUGCAUCCCCAGCUGACAUACCGAUUUUGCUUCCAGAUGACUUAGUCGGUGGCAAAGAUAUACAGUGGCCAGUCUUUCACCGAUGUGGCAAUAGGAACCUGACACAUGCUUUCAGGAAGCAUGUGAAGCUAAAGAAGCAGCAUGAAAUAAUUAGGUUGGCAAUGGUGAUUGAGUUGCUUGCAAAGAAGUGCAACUGCUCACACGUGCUAGACGUUGGAUCAGGGCAAGGCCAUCUGGCUCGCCUUUUGGCACUCGACAAAAAGCUGCGUGUUGCCACUGUGGACUUAGUCGGCAGCCACUUGACAUCAGCACAGCGAUUCGACAACCAGGCAGCACUGCAUGUUCAGAAGAAGAACAUUGAGACUGAGGGAGAAGCAACAGAUUUGUCUUGCCAUCUUCCUCAGCAUGUGGAGUUAGAAAUAUCUAUGGCUACAACACCAGCAGAGCUAGAAGAGGUUGCAGGCAAAUCAUGGGGAAGAGGAAAGUCUGGUGUGGAUAAUUUUGUGCUAGUUGGUCUUCACACCUGUGGAAAUCUAGGGCCGUCAAUGAUUCAGCUUUUUGCCGACUCACCUGCCACGCGAGGCCUUGUUUCGGUUGGCUGCUGCUACAUGAAGCUCAACGAAGGCAGGUGUGAUGAAUUGAAGAGAAAGAUGGCAUACCCUAUUAGUAGCCAUGUUUGUGCUCUGGGACAAGUUGCUGCACUCAGCUACCAAGCACGGGAGGUUGCUUGUCAUGCCUUUGAAACGUAUACCAGGAAAUUGAAGGAGUCACCAUUGUCACUGAAGAUCCACUGCUAUCGGGCCCUGCUGGAGAGACUGAUUGUGAACCGCUACGAAGAUCAAAAGCACUGCGGUUUGGGAUCAGUCAAGCAUGCUGCUAAUUUGACAUUUUCACAGUAUGCUAGAAAAGCUCUGGAGAAGUUUCCAUUGCCUCUGCCUGAUGAAGAUCUGGAGUUGCCUGACCUGGAGCUUGCAAUGAACGAGUGGCAGCAUGUUGUCGUCUUCUACUCCUUACGUCUCCUUUUGGCACCUGUCAUCGAAUCUCUGCUCCUGGUCGACCGCAUGCUGUACCUCUGGGAUCGCUGCAUACCAAGCUGCCUUUUGCCCCUGUUUGACCCCUGCCUUUCACCAAGGAACCUGGUGUUGCUGGCAUUCAAAGAAAACAGUCACAGAGGCGAGCAACAUUGCAAAGAUGUAUAGGUAUACAGACAAUAAAUUACAACUUCUUUGGUGGU